AUGUCACACGCUAGAGGUCGUUCUUGUCAUAAGUCAUUCGGUUUGGCGUUGGCAUUUUUAUCGAAGUAAAACGGCUUUGUUAGUAUCGAAUAAAAAUGAGUGCUGCGUUAUUGUUUGCGUGUUCUCGUUGUUUUACUCGUCAUCCUUUCGAAGAUCUAUCUCCAGGUCAACAACUGUGCAAAGAGUGUCGCGGGGCUUUUCCAGUUGUUAAAUGCACCUAUUGUCGUUCAGAAUUUCAACAAACUUCUAAAGGCAGUACAAGUACAAUAUGUAAAAAAUGUGAACAAAACGUGAAAUCUUAUGGUAAACCGACUGCCUGCGAGUAUUGCAACAUCAUAGCGGCGUUCAUCGGGAAUAAAUGUCAACGGUGUACAAAUUCUGAAAUAAAAUAUGGUCCUCCGGUCAACUGCGAACAGUGCAAGCAAAAAUGCGCUUUCGAUAGACAUGACGAUGAUAAAAAGGUUGACGGCAAGCUUUUAUGUUGGUUGUGCACUCUUUCCUUCAAAAGGGCUUUAGCUAAGACUAAACAGGGGGAUGCGGAGAGAAGGCAUUUAAAAAUGGCUCAUUUACAUAAGAAACAUAAGGAUAAGCCGAGGAGUCACAGCAAACGUCCGAAUCGACCGGAUGUUACGAAAAUACCGCCCCCCGAGGACGUAACCCCCAACAAAAUAGCUCGCAACAAUUCCGGAGCGCCAGUCCGAGGUGAUUUAGAUCCGAACAGUUCGGAUCACGUGAUCGCGAUGACUCAACUCAAAGAACAAAUCGCCAGUUUAACGAAGCAACUAGCUCAAAAAAACUCCGAGCUCUUGAAUAAAGAUAAAACGAUAACCGAAUUGAAGGCGAGCAAUUUCACGACGGAAAACGAACUCAGGCAAAAAUUGAAGAACCUCCAGAAGGAGUACGACGAUAAAGUUGAUAAUUUGAAUAACAAAAUAUCGAGUCUUCUCAAAGAAAUAGCCAGUUUAUCGAAAUCGGCGAAGAAGGGUAGUAAAAAUUCGACAUUAGCGUCGAAUUCUGCGGCUGAUAAUAACAGCAGCGGUACGGAUAGUCCAAGUUUACAGUGAAUUAGUGUCGGAAGUGUUGAUAACGCGGUGGUAUUAAGUGAUGUGAUGGUUAAAUGAAAGCUUCGAAGCACUAUUUUAUAUAUGUACGUCUAAUUUUAUUUUUUUUUAUCGUUUAGACAAUUUUUUUUCAUUUUGAGUACAAAAGUUGCAAAAAAAAUAAUUAGGAAACCAAUUUUUUACCGUAUUUGGUAUUCGGGAUGUUUUUAUUCAUUAUUCAGUAGAAAUUAUGGGAAAUGUUUCGCUUCACUGUCUCCUAUUUUUUAUUUUCGAUUCCAGUACCAAUUUUUUAAUGUUCAUUCCAAUCCAGGGGUGCCAACUUUUAGUCAGGAACUUGCAGCCCUUAUCUUGCUCAAAAUUGGACAAAAACCUAAAUCCACACUGCAGUGGUUUCUAGAUUUCAUUAAUUUGGCCUGCAUUUGAUGAACUAUCCUUUAGACAAAGGAGUACACAGGACACUAAUGGUUUUUAGUGCUUCUUUAACACUAGCAAAUAUCUGACCCCACUUAUCCUGAAGUGUUUAAGUUGAACUACAGAAAUAACUGGUUUUACUACUGAAAAGAAGGCCAUUUCGAUUUUUCCGUUAUUUUUUACUGCUUAAUCCCCAAAUCCAGGACAAUCCGUGUCCAGGAGGCAGAAAAGUUGAGGGAAUGGAAAAUGGAAACGUCCUGGGAAAUCUGGAACAGUUGGAAACGUGUUCCAAUCUCAUUUUUUAUUCUCAGUGUAACUUAUCACUUUGACUGUCCUCUUAAUUUAUGUUUUUUUUAUUGUUGUUGCUGUAAUUUCCCCAUUUCUUCGAAUUUGUUAACAUUUUUCUUUUAUGCCCUUUGUGUAAUUUUAUAGAAAAAAAAAUAGUUUUGGCGGAACCUUGAUAUUUUCAUUUAUUUUUUCCCAAAAUUUUAUAUUUUUAUUUUGGAAAAACUUGAUGGUUUUCAAGUUUUUGAACUAAAAAUUUUUUUAUGGGAACAAAUCCGAUACAUUUUUCUGAAAUUUCCAUUAUUUUUUGCUAAUUCUAUUUUCAUCAUUGUUAAUUUCAACCCUUCAUGUUUUUUUCUUAGUGUAUCUCGUCUUUUUGCGUUCCCCCUUAAUAUAUUUGUUUUUCUCACACCCUUUUGUCCUUGUAUGUUAUUGUUGCUGUGAUUUCCUCAUUUCUUUGACUUUAUUAUCAUUUUUUAAUUCAAAAUCUAAUAAAUUUCUACCAACUAGGCCUUUUUCUUUUAAUUUCACCCUGUUUUACUUCCCUCUUAAUUUAUUUCUUGUUCUAAUUCAUUUGUUGCCGCUUCACAUCUAUUUAUUUAAGUUUCUUAAUUUUUUUUAACCAAAAUUUAACCUUUCACCUUCACCCUGUUUCACAGAUCACUUUUUAGGCUAAAUUUAAUAUUUUUCUCUCUGUGUAACCUUUUUCGCUAUAACUCUCGGUAUUUUGUUGUUUAAAUUCAUUUAUUUCUCAAUUUCCCACCUCCCCUAAUCGUGAUCGCCCCCUUUUUUAACUUACCAGUUUUAUUAUCUAAAUUAAAUCAUUUUCUUUUCUCAGUGUAACUUUUUCUCCCUGAAAUUCAUUUUUUUAUUAAUUUCCCACCUUCUCCGUCAUUGUAAUUUCACUUUUUUGACUUUGAAAUUUAAUGAUAUUCUUCUCUCAGUGUAACUUUUUUCAACCUUCCUCUCAAUUUUUUCUCCCACUAUCUUGACUUUUUAUAUUUUUAAUCAAAAUUGAAUCGAUUUCUUUUCUUAGUGUAACUUUUUUCCUCUUCCCUCCGAUUUUUUUCUUUAAAUUGAGCUGUUUCAUUUCCCCACCGUGGUUCCUUUUUUUUGCACUUACUAAUUUUUUUAUCGACAUUUAAUCUAUUUUUUUCCCAGUGUAAAAUUCCGAUUUCCCUCUCAAUUAUUUCUCCGGUAAAUUCGUGUUUUUCAAUUUCCUGCCCACUCAUAUUCCAAUUUUCUGGUUUACUAGCUUUUUGAAACGUAUCAUUUUUUUUUAACUUUUCUCUCAGUUUAAUAAUUCCCCACCUUCCGUCAUCGCGAUUUCUCCCUUUUUUUACUUACAACUUUUUGUUAUACUGAUCAAUUUAAAGAUGCCCAUUUCUGGUAAACUACUUCAUUAUGGAAGUAUGCUUACCAAUAUGUUUUAUAACGUCAUAUCCCUUUGUGACAAAUGACAUUAACAUAACCUCAAUAAACUACGAUUUUUAUUAUUUCGUUAUUCAGUUUUUACGACCAGGAAAGUAUUUUUUCUAUUUCUAUUGUUUAUUGAAUGUAAUAUAAAACAAUUUAUUUGGUAGUUACCGCAUAUUUUGUAUGGUAUAUUAAUUUCGGUUAUACUUUAUACAGGGUGAGUCGAAUUUUAAUCGAUAUUUGCGUAAUGAGCGAUUACUUUGAAAUUUUCUUGUAUAAAAUCAAUUUUCUACCACGAAUUCAAAAUAACCUCGUCGAUUCAGGUACUUUACAAUGUAAAUAGUACUAGUUGGUUAAUUUCGUAAUCGUUUAGGGGUAAGUUUGGAUAUAGUGUUAAUUUAUUUUUCUAAAACGUGUAAUUUUAAUCUUUGUAAUGUAAGUUGAAGAAAAAAAUAAAAAACAGAUUUAAA